AUGUUGGAAGACGACCUCAAAUCUUUAAACCUAACGCUUUCUACGCUGCACAAUUUGAAGAAGAAUUACACCGCUCUACUCCUAAAAUACCAUCCUGAUCGAAAGACCGGCAACAGACAGAAAUUCACAGAAAUAUUUGAAGCACACAAGAGGUUGCUAAAAUACGCAGAGAUACACAAAGAAAUACAGAACAUGGAGAAUGAGUAUGUAGGCAGCGAAGAGGAACGAACCGAUAUAAUAGAGUAUUAUACCAAGUUUAGAGGUGAUAUAGGUAGGUUGUUGGACCAUCUCGUGUUUGGGAGGUAUAACGAUGAGGAUAGGAUCAGGCAGAUAAUUGAUGAAGAAAUUGUGAAUAAACGAGUGAAAAGGUAUAAGCUGUAUGGCAAGAGAAUUAGCGAGUACAGGAAGAAAAGAGAGAAAGUAUCGAAUAAGGGCUUAGAACAUUUGCAAGCGGAGAUUCUGGCGAGACGCGAACAAAACUGGCAGGGCUUUAUUGAUAAUAUGGAGAAGAAAUACAACAUCAAUAAAAUUGAGGAUAAGAAAGAAAAGAAGGGUAAAUAA